CAGCCGACCCAGUUGUUGCGAAUUCCACCUCCGUCCGCCAUCGCCUCACCUUCCCCUCCUUUCCAGCAGCCGUACUCCUCCGCACACCUCCAAAUCAUCGGAAACCUAAACUUAGGUUUUCCAAACGCAGUUCACCCAAGUCAUGUCAUGGGGCUUGGGCUGGAAACGCGCCUCCGAGGUCUUCCACCUCGCACUUGACUACGGUGAGUUCGGCGACAAUGCUGACGGUCCGCUCCCAUCUUCCCCGCCCACCCAACCUCCAGAACCCCGCCCAUCCUCUGACGAGCUUGGCUUCCGGAUCGAUCUCGAGUGGUCGGCCGGCGACGACGAGGAGCAGGUCGCACUCCGCCUCCAGUCGCAGGUCGUGGUCGCACUCCCCCCGCCUCAGGACACAGUGCUCGUUGAUCUUCAUGAGAGCGGUGGGGACGGGGAGAGGAUGCAGAUGAAGGUGAUGAAGAAGCGGGAGCCGCUGCGGGUGGUGACGAUGUAUAAGGCCGCGGGGUCGGGGCAACAGAGCGAUGGGGUCGGGGUUUUGACGCGGCUGCUGAGGUCAGAUCUCUCGUCAACGGGCAGCAGAGAUGGCUUUUCCCGUUUUUCGGAGCAUUGGGGUGGCGUAAAGGUUCUGAAUCUCUGUGGAUGCGGCUUGUCGGUAUUGCCUGUAGAGCUGAUGAAGCUUUCUCUUCUUGAGAAGCUUUAUCUGGAUAACAAUAAACUUGCGCAGCUUCCAUCUGAACUUGGUGAGUUGAGAAGCUUGAAAGUGCUAAGGGCGGACAACAAUGUCCUGGUAUCUGUACCUGUUGAGUUGAGGCAGUGUGUGAUGCUAGUUGAGCUUUCACUUGAACACAACAAGCUCAUUCGCCCACUUCUGGAUUUAAGGGCUAUGCCAGAGCUUCAAGUUCUAAGACUAUAUGGUAAUCCACUUGAGUUCCUUCCUGAAAUAUUACCACUGCACAAUCUUCGACGGUUAUCUCUGGCCAAUAUUAGAAUUGAAGCAACGGAAAAUAUUAAGACAGUGAAUGUGCAAAUAGAGAUGGACAAUGCCGGCUACUUCAGCGCAUCAAAACACAAAUUGAGCCCUUUCUUUUCUCUUAUUUUCCGGUUUUCUUCAUGUCAUCAUCCCUUGUUGGCAUCUGCACUGGCAAAACUCAUGCAAGACCAUACAAAUCGUUUAGCUAUUAAUAAAGAAGAAAAUGCUAUACGCCAGCUUAUAAGCAUGAUAAGCAGUGAUAACCGGCAUGUGGUUGAACAAGCUUGUUCUGCUCUUUCUUCACUAGCAUCAGACGUUUCCCUUGCAAUGCAGUUGAUUAAGUCUGAUAUAAUGCAACCAAUCGAGUCUGCUCUUAAAUCUGUGGGUCAGGGAGAGUUAAUGUCCCUUUUGCAAGUAAUGGUAAACUUGGCAUUUGCUUCAGACAGUGUUGCACAGAAGAUGUUGACAAAAGAUGUACUGAAAUCACUUAAAGCACUUUGUGCACACAAGAAUAUAGAGGUGCAACGGCUAGCAUUAUUAGUUGUUGGCAAUUUAGCAUUCUGUCCAGAGAAUCGCCGUAUGCUAGUUCAAUCUGAAAGCUUUCGUGAAAUUCUCCUGCGCCUGAUAGUUGCACCAGAGCCUCGUGUACACAAGGCUGCUGCUCGUGCUUUGGCCAUCCUUGGUGAGAAUGAAAGCUUGAGAAGGGCAAUUAGAGGAAGGCCAGUUGGAAAGCAAGGUUUACGCAUUCUUUCAAUGGAUGGGGGUGGUAUGAAGGGUUUGGCAACUGUGCGGAUGCUUAAGCAAAUUGAACAAGGCACUGGCAAGCGUAUUCAUGAAUUAUUUGACCUUAUUUGUGGCACUUCUACUGGUGGCAUGCUUGCAAUUGCCCUUGGAGUCAAACAGAUGACCCUGGAUCAAUGUGAAGAGAUUUACAAAGAACUAGGUAAAGUUGUAUUUACUGAUCCUGUUCCAAAAGACAAUGAAGCUGCUAGUUGGAGGGAGAAGCUGGAUCAACUGUACAAGAGUUCAUCGCAAAGGUUUAGGGUAGUUGUUCAUGGAUCUAAGCACAGUGCAGAUCAAUUUGAAAGGUUACUUAAAGAAAUGUGUGCGGAUGAGGAUGGUGAUCUCCUCAUAGAUUCAGCUGUGAAAAAGAUCCCAAAGGUUUUUGUUGUAUCAACUCUCGUUAGUGUUGCACCUGCUCAACCAUUCAUAUUCCGAAACUAUCAGUAUCCUGUUGGCACCCCAGAGAUGGGUUUGGGUGAAAGUACUGCCUCGUAUAGUACAGCCACCGGUUCUGUUGGUCCACAUUGCAGUCGUCGUUGCGCCUUCAUGGGGAGCUGCAAGCACCGGAUAUGGGAAGCAAUAAGGGCAUCUUCUGCUGCUCCUUAUUAUCUUGAUGACUUCUCAGAUGAUUUGAAUCGAUGGCAAGAUGGAGCAAUUCUAGCAAAUAAUCCUACAAUUUUUGCCAUAAGGGAAACCCAACUUUUGUGGCCUGAUGCUAGAAUUGAUUGUCUAGUUUCUGUUGGAUGUAGUUCAGUUCCAACCAAAGUUCGAAAAGGUGGGUGGCGUUAUUUCGAUACAGGACAGGUGCUGAUAGAAAGUGCGUGCUCAGUUGAGCGGGUGGAGGAAACAAUGGAUACAUUGAUGCCUUUGCUUCCCGACAUGCAGUAUUUCCGAUUCAAUCCGGUGGACGAGCGAUGUGGUAUGGAACUAGAUGAGACUGAUCCUGCUAUUUGGCUUAAAUUGGAAGCGGCAACUGAUGAAUAUAUCCACAAAAGCGGUCUGGCUUUUCAGAGACUAUUUGAGCGCUUACUUUCAAGGUAUGCUAAUGAGGAAAAAAUGGCUGAGAAAUCAAAGGGCCGCCAUGUAUCCAACUCGAAACUUGCAAAUUCAGUGCUUCAUGAUGACAGCCCUUCAUUGGGGUGGAGACGAAUGGUUCUGCUUGUAGAGUCAUCACAUAAUCUUGACUCUAAAAAAACCAUAAAUCAUUCUCGGGCACUCGAGGCAUUUUGUGUUCGUGCCGGCAUUAAGCUAUCUCUUACUCACAAAACUUCAGGAUUGUCCAAGCCAACCACCGCAUUUCCUACACCCUUCACAUCUCCGAUACUUACAGGAAGUUUCUCUUCUAGUCCGCUUGUUUAUAGUCCUGAAGGUGGUCCUCAAAGAACGAGCCGUAUCGAUUUGGUGCCGCCGCUUAGUUUGGAUGGUCACCCUCUCGGAAAGGUGACAUCUCCUAGAUCUCCGCUCUCGAGGCAGCCUUCCAUUAACGUCCUUUCCCUAAACGAGAAGCUACAAAAUUCGCCUCAAGUAGGCAUUAUUCAUUUAGCUUUGCAAAAUGAUUCCUCAGGGUUAAUACUAAGUUGGCAGAAUGAUGUGUUUGUGGUGGCUGAGCCUGGAGAACUAGCAGAUAAAUUUCUUCAGAGUGUUAAGUUGAGCAUAUCGAUGAUGAUGCGAGUUCGCAAAAGAAAAGAUUUUUAUUCUCUAUCAAAGAUUUUUUCUAUAUCGGAUUUGGUUGCGCAUUGGCGACAAUUUGAAGUUGGCGGCAUUCAUCAUCGUUAUAUUGGCCGUCAAACUCAAGUGAUGGAGGAUAAUCAGGAGAUUGGCGCAUAUAUGUUUCGAAGGACGCUUCCAGCUAUUCAUCUGUCGUCUGAGGAUGUCCGCUGGAUGGUUGGAGCAUGGAGAGACAGAAUUAUAAUCUGCACAGGCAAAUGUGGGCCAGCUCCAAGUUUGGUGAAAGCCUUCCUAGACAUGGGAGCUAAAGCUGUAUUGGCAUCCUCAUUAGAACCGCCUGAUGCUGAAUCUGUGGCACUCAAUGGCGCUGGCGAAUAUGGCAUAUUUGAAAACGGAAAGUUUGUAAUUGGUGACGAUGAGGCCGACGAUGAUCAGACCGAACCAUCCACUCCCACAAGCGAUUGGGAGGACAGUGAUACAGAGAAAGCUCGUGUGGUCGACAUCGAUGACGACGACGAGGAAGAGCUUUCCAGAUUUGUUUGUGAUUUAUAUGAUAUGUUGUUUCGAGACGGCGCAACGGUCAAUUUCGCUCUGAACCAUGCGCUCAGCUCUCAUCCAAAGUUAAGGUACAUCUGCCACCUUCCUAGUGCUACUUAAAUUAUGUCAAAUUCAUACAACAUGAAUAAAAUUCAAUUACAGAGAAGGAAAUUCAUAUGAUAUAGAAGGAAAUUUAGAAAGGCAUUAAAAAUGUUAGAGUUAAUAGUUUUGGAGAGAUAUAUUUAUUCAAAAAGAAAAUGUAACGAGUCAUUCAUACAGCUUUGUAGACAUUUUAUCCAUUAAAUCAAUAUGAUUCAUGGUGAAAAAUGCAUGGAAACAGACAGUUGCUACCUAGCUUAAGAUUUUGAGGGUUGUAAAUAUAAAUUUGG